AGAAGAGGAUGGGUAUUUUAGGCGUUCAUAUCUGAUCCUUUUAUUGUCAUUAUCAGAAACAAAGAGAAACUUUGCAAAGGUUAUUUUUCACCCAGUUUCUUCGUUCAAAAGUCGAUCUCUACACCAGCCACUGGAAAAAAUAUUGCACCUGUGAAAGCGCAAUGAGUGAGUUGCAGAGCAGAUCGUCAGACCUACUCAGCAGCACCCAGGAGCCUGCGCCAGAUGGAAAAGGCACCAAGGCAAAGCCUGCUGGCAGCUCAACCAAGCCCCCUGCACAGGAUGCCGAGGAGGAGAUCGACAUCGAUCUGGAUGCUCCAGAGACAGAGAAGGCAGCCCUGGCCAUCCAGAGCCAGUUCCGCCGCUUCCAGAAAAAAAAGAACAGAUCAGGAGAGCAGUGAAGGAGGGAGGAAUGGUGCAUGAUGAGGAAUCCAGCAUUCAGUCAUGUCUGAAAGAUUAGAGGAGGAAGUGAGGGGUGUGUGGGUGGGAAAUUAGGGGUUUGGAAAUACCAAAUAACAGUCCUUCACAUUGUGCUACAGGGACAAUUAAUGCUUAGACUUUCUCUCUCUCGCUGUAUAGGAGACAAAGAGUUCCAGGAAUAGCUAUUAUUUAAAUACAUACUAACAGCAUCUGUUAAUCAUUUUUUGAACAUUCUUGGCAAUACAAACCUAGGCAUGAAUUGUGUCAGAGUAUGAGAUUCAGCCUUCAAAUAGAAUGGUUUAUUACUGACAUUAAGUACCUUACAUUUUUUGAUGAUGAUGUUGAUCUUUUUCUUUUUUUUUUUAAUUAUAAAGAUUGACAUACAUUGUUUGUGGCCAGUAGAUUGAGAUUUCCUUAACAAAUUAUACCAAACCAAAUAUUGCUGUACAUUCCAGCACUCGGUUUUUGGUACGUCCUUUGCUAUGUAAUAUCAAUCAAUGAGCUUCUAAUGGCGACUAGUGGUAGUAAAAAUCCAUUUGGAGGCCACAGAAGUUAAAAGGGGAGAUUAGAAUAACAGAAUAACAUUGGAUUUAAGUCAGAAGAUAGUGAGAAAUAGACUAUAAUAAAUUAUUAGAUAGAUAGAUA